GAAUUGCAGAAUUGGAAUUUGACACUGGGACUGGUGUGAGUUUGUUCCGAAACCGAAAGCGAAAAGCCAAGAACCCGCGUUCAUUAUUCCAUGACCGCCAUCAUAAACCUUUUUUUAAACAUAUAAUCGUAUUUGGCUAUUUCAUUUACGAUAGUUUUAUUUCAAUUAAUCGUGUCAAAAGGAUAUAACCCAAGAUGUACAACGGCAUUGGUCUCACAACAGCUCGUGGUUCUGGAACUAAUGGAUAUGUUAGUAGGAAUCUGGCAUUUGUGCAUACAACUAAAGACAAAGUCAAAUACAAAACUGAAGAAGAGAUACAAAAGUUGGAUUCCAUCUCACAUAAAAAGCCAAAUUUGGAAAUUUUGGAUCAUGAAAGGAAACGGAAACUGGAGCUGAAAUGUCUUGAGUUUAGAGAAGAUUUAGAAGAGAAGGGGAUAGAAGAGGAGAUCAUUGAAGCAAAACUGCUCGAGUACCGUGCUUCCCUGGUCCAGAAGGAUGCCGAAGAAGGCAAAGGCACCACAACAUACGAAACCGAUGAAUACGGCCGCAUUGUUGUCAAAGAAACUCAUCAGAUAGCUGCUGCCCAGGAAGAGAAGAACCGAAGUCUCCGUCAAGCCUUUGGAAUUAGCGACUAUUUUGUGGAAGGCAGCAGUUUGGAUCCUAAUCGCAAGAUUCGCGAAACAGCGGCUAAACAAGCAGCUGAACAGAAGACUUACACCAUUGUUCGCACCCCGAGUCCAGAACCGCAGGAAGAAACGUUGGUAGUUCCACCUCCCGAGGAUUCUGAUGUUCCAUCUAAACCCAAAAAGAAUAAAAAAGCAAAGAGCAAGAAGAGUAAGAAAUCUAAGAAAAAGGAAGAUAGAGAAUCAGAAAAUGAGAAAGAAGUACGAGAUCAACCUAAGGAAAAAUCCAAAUCAUUGAAGUCUGUUGAAAAUUCAGAAACCAGAAAAUCAGAUUCGAAAAGUAAUGGGCGUUCUUCAAGUCGUGCCGAAUCUCCUAAAGCACGUCGUCGUCAUGAUACCCCAAGCCCUCCUCGCUGGCGCGAAAACGAAGAGUCGCGAAAUCGCAAGAGACGCGCAAGUGUAGAAAAGGAAAAAGAUGUUCACAAAAGUCGGCGGGACGAGGUCGAUCGGAAAAAACCAAGGGAGGACUCUGAGAAAACUGUCGAAAAAAGAGAUCGUUCUGAAAAAAGGGAUCGUUCCAGCAGCAGACGAGAUGAUCGCCAUCAGCAUUCUUCCAACAGACAAGACAGAAAUAGCCGUGACUCACGUUACGAUCGGGAUCGUCGCGACGAUUACUAUCGCUCUAGAAAUCGUGAAGACAACAGUCGUUCGGACGGCUCUUGGAGUGGACCAAAGGACACAAAGGGCAAACAAGACGAAACAGAAACUCGUGAAGUUAAAGGACACUCACAGCCAAAGCAUUCGAUCUCAAGCGAUCACGGACGUUCUGAUCCUGAAAGGUUGUCGGACGUUGAAACAAAUAAAAGACUGGGAGAGCCGAUGCCAAUAGCUCAGAAGGAUGCCGUAGUAGAUUUGGUAGCAUCGGAACCACCAGUGAAACAUGUGGAACCAUCACAAAAGAAAGAGAUGUCCACUAGUCAAACAACGGAGAAAAUGAAAGCUGAUUUAGCCAAACUAGGAUCUUUCAUUGACCAAAUUGGCCGAUCCAAGAAGAAGAAAUCCAGACACGACUCAGUUCGAUCGUCGUCGUCUUCGAGUUCGUCCUCAAGCUCGUCUUCAUCCGACUCCGAAUCUUCGUCAUCCGACUCGGAUUCAUCCUCUUCUUCGUCUUCAUCCUCGUCCUCUUACUCUUCUUCUUCAUCAUCAUCAGCACCUUCAAAGGCUUCGCCGCCACGUACCAAAAGCAAACGUUCACCAUCUAUUCCACGACGGAGUGGCUCGCCAAGCUGGAAGGACCGUAGGCGUAUCACCAGUGCCAGGAAAAAACCAGUUCCAUACCAACGGUGCGCACCCGCAUGGAGUUCAUCCAGCUCAACAGAAAGCAUCAACUCUUCGUGGAGAAGCAAUUCUAGUUCAUCCAGUGUGCAAUGCAGGCGUUCUUCAAGUCGCUCGAUUAGUCGCUCGCGUUCUAGUUCUCGUUCUAGCUCUCGCUCUUAUUCAGUCAGACAAACCCAGCAACGUUAUCGAUAUCGAUCACGUUCUUAUUCUUCAAGCGACAAUUCUUCCUUGUUUAGUAUCUCAUCUCGUUCUAGUAUGUUUGUCCGAUCCCCCAGUGUCCUGAGCUGUUAUUCCGUAAACAGUACGUCUAGUCACCAUUCCAGCACAGUUUGUCGCCCUCGUUUCGUUCAAACUUAGCAACAUAUAUACUUAAUUCAUUGUGUUCUUUAAAACCAAACUGUGAAUCUCACUACUUAUCCAAUGAUGUCACUCUCAGUGAUCAAUAGUUUGGAAACCAAAUUAUGUUUAUUGUUUUUUUUUUUAAAUGGGGUAACUUAUUUGGUCGUGUUUUAUAAUCUGUACUAAAUUUAACUUAAUCGCAAUUAUUUUUAAAAGUAAAAGUUUUGUGUCUUCUAAGUGAGCUUUCAAAGUUACCCCAUUCUAAAUUCUUUGCUUACGUUGAAUUGGUCGUUUACAAAGAAAUCAAAUUUGAAACUUUGUGCUUGGGGAAUUUUGUAUUGCGCCAUAUUUUUGUUCGUGCUACUCACAGCGGUGAGUUGGAAUUCGAGUCGAUUCCGGGCAGUUCCAUAUUAAUUCCAGCACACUUGUCACUUCGACUUUUGCAUUUCGUAAAAGGUUUUUAAAUUAAAGUUUUUUCGGUGUCACUAUCUCUCACGACCAUCAUGUGAUGUGUGAAUUCAAAUCCUGCAUAAUUUCUCAACUCCUUGACAACUGAUGAUCUCUGAUCGUGUUACUUUUAUACUUAACCCAACCUUGAUGAAACCAAACUUCGUAUUAGGUUCAUUUGGCUAGAUUUUCAAAUCACAAUGAACACGCAAUAUACUCCAAAACUCUCCAAAGAUGCGAUCACCGUUUCUGUAGUGUUGUUAUUUGUGUGCCUAGCUAUUAAAAUGUUGUAAACAUGUGCGCUAUUUUCGGUUGUUUGAUGUCGCGUGCCAUUUUAGCUUGAUUUGGUUUUAUCGGUAUUAUGGCGGUAAGUUAAUAGACAUGUGAAUAAUACACCUUAGUGCGAGAACCAAAA